CUCUGCCUCCCUCUCCUGGUCAGACUCGUUAUUACAUCCUCUAACACUUCCACUUUCACAUUCAAGGCUUUUAUUGCUGACUGAGAAGUCUCACAAGUUUUUUAGGUGAAAAAAUACGGUAAGUUGUUGAGUAAGGGCAGUUCAAUGACAGAUCUGAGGCCUCAACCUUCAGCGCUUUGUUUCUGGUUUAGUGUUGCCUAAGUUUGACGUGAUCGUAAUGGGACUGAAAGUUGAGUCUUGUGCCAAAUGUACAUAUGGCCAACCUGUACCUGGUCAAGCCUCAGUGGAAGUGUGCCGUGAACCCUUUUCCAUCCAGUCUGCUUCAUCAUGACCGGACAGUGCCUGACUCAAACCGCAGAUGAAUGCCACGGGCUGUGCCUCUCUUACUGUUGAUACAUCAGUGCUUUUCAACACCAAAUUUGAAGACCAAAUGCAAGACUCAUUUCUUGUAAAUGUGAAUGUUACUGAGGAGGGAACAGAUGUAAUGGUGUCAAAAUCUGCAAUGGUGUCCAUUACGUUUGUAGUCGGCAAAGUCACCUUUGUGGACCUCCUGGUUCCUUAUUUUGAACCUGGAUCAAUGCUUAAUGGAAAGACAAGCAAAAUGUCAUCCCUUAUCGCAGAAGCCUUCAAAUUGGUUCCCUUUCCUAACCUUGAUCAUUCCUAACAGAUAUCUGUGACUCGUUUUGAUAAGACUCCAAUUGCAAACAAAGCUGUAUAUCUCUUGGAGGGGAGCAGUUUGUUGGAGAGGCUGGUAGCUACAGCACUGACAUGAUCUAUAUGGUCUUAUCCAAAGGAGUGAUUGUCCUCCAUGGAUUUCAGACGGUUAAAGCAAAGGCUGGUGAUUCGGUCGCAAGCGGCUCCGUGACGUUCCAGUUGUCCGUCAGUGUCGAUAUGGCUCCAGCAGUGCAGAUUCAGGUCCACAGCAGCGUUCCUCCCAGUGAGAAUGUAGUUGCUGCUAGUGUGCCGUUUGACACCGAUAUGUGUUUCCAGAACCAGGUGUCUCUGCAGUUUUCUCCAGGGAAACGUUCGGAUGGAUCUCUGUUGCCUCAGUGCUGUAGAUCAGAGCCUACGGAUCAUGGUGCCAGGGAGACAUCUGAAAGGCUGUUACUGAAUGUGAACUUUUAUUCGACGGUCGGAAGGAAGGAUGGGCGGAAGUAAGUCCGUCCGGAGACCCAGCCCAGUUUGUUUUCUUCUACAAACAAACUUGCAUUAUUUUCAUGUUAUCACUGUGAAGCUGCUUUGAUACAAUCUGUAUUGUAAAUGGCGCAGUAUAAAUAAA